CGAGUUAUAAUAGGCCGUGCAGUCCUCCCAAAGGUCUCUCGUUCUGUUCUUUUCCAAUGCCCGCGCUGCUCUGUCCUGCGCCAAUCGAAACGCUGAGCGAGCUGCUGCUGCGUGUCGGUGCCUCACGAAGAUCGGUGGAUGUAUGCUGGACCGCGUCGCUGGACUCCCACGGAGACGUGCCUGAACUCUCUCGAACGGCCACUAGGUGUUCCUCGUCGACAGGGCGCAUAUCAGCAACCUAUCGCCUGUUGCAUCUCAAUUCGCGCAGAGACGGCGUAUCCGAACAACGUUGGCAAAACUCCACCAACAGCUGAGCGGCAUGAACAAGCGGGUAGCGCGAGAACCCAGCUUCCUUGCAUGCGAUUCGACGUGGCGGCCCCUGAUGUGACGUUGAUGGUCACUCCGCGUGCCACCGCGCUAAAUCCUUCCCUGGCAGCAUCGCAUAGAGUCAGCUUAAAUCACAUGAGGCCGACGCCAGGCGCUCGCCCUGCGCUCUCAUCUCUUUGCAACUUCACGUAUGACAAAGCAACCGAAAGCGACACGCCCGUAUCACUACAUUUACCGACAUGCGAGGUUUGUGUCGCAAGCUUUUGAAACACGUCUUGCACUCCUCUCCCUCCUAUACUCUUCCUCUGCG